AUGGCUCUCGAAAGCGGAUCGCUUACCAGUGCUCUGAGAGCAGCAUCCAAGGAGGAGAUUUCGGGCGCAUGCAUCUUCAAUGGCAUCCAAGGGGCAUCUAAGCUCUCUGCGGAGGUGGCUGACAAGGCGUCAUCAUAUAUGUCCAGCCUCAAGCGAACGGUUUGGACCAGGGUGGCCAAGGUGUGGGACGUCAGUUGUAUUCCGGUUCAAAACAAGCUGAAGAGUGCCUCAGUCGACUACAUCAUUCAUGCUCUGAACAAUGCUGCUGGCGAAGACGUGAAAAUGAUGGGAAUUGCGUUUGCAGAUGACGACAGCGGCGGGAUCGACAAAAUUAUGCGAGCAUGUAUUGACUGUAUUACCUCUGGUAGCCUAGACCACUGGCGUACAGUGGUGCCGCCUGGGCAUUCAGAGAGCGAUAAUAUUGGAGAGAGUGGCGUUGACAUCUUGUUCGUUUUUGACACCGCUCGGGAUAUUUACAAGGAGUGGGCUGGACUACGAUUGGGAAAAGAGCGCCUCAGGGCUGGCGUAGCAUCAAUUUUGACGCUCGCCCGCCUCGAUGCCUGGAUCGCGACGCGCUGCGUAAUGCAGGUGGCACUGGCGAGGACAGCGCUGGGCAUUGCGACAAAAUUAUCCGACGAUGGUGCAGAGGAGAGCGAUAUACACUCUGCGUUGCUGAAGGUUCUGAGCAAAGGUGGAGUUUCGCACGCCAUGUUCACUGACGUGCUUUCACAUUUGUUACCGAAAGCAACGCUGGGUAUUCACGAAACGUUGCGCGAAAUAGUUGAGAGGGUUGCUCCAGAAGAGCUGGAGAAGACUCUGAUCUCUGAUGCCAGCGGGGAGACUUUUGAGCAUGCAAACGAUACGAGGGAGAUAACCUUUUCGUACGUCUGCCCGUAUUCGAUAAAGGAGGGCAAGGACUGCGACCGCGUCGUUCUCAGACCUUCAGCAUUCAAGAAAUAUGUCUGCGAGUGGAUCGGAGAUGUGUGCGAUGGCUUGGUGGGCGUUAGCGAGCUCACGUCUUCCCAGUUUGAUCCGAUAAGUUUCGACGGCGAGGGGUAG